AUUGCCGUGAAGAUGGCGGAAGUUCAUUCCUGAUCUGAACCGAGUCGCACCGUGAUUCUCUAAUAACUAUUUCAGGACUGUACGGUUUCACGUUUCACAUCGGACCCGCCGACAGAUUCGGGUCUCAGAUCCGCUCAUGUCAUGGCCAGCAGUGUAGCUAAAGCGGGCCUUGCUAAUGGCAUCUCCAUGAAAUCACAGCUUCAGAUCAUGGUGAUCUCCGCCAAACUGAAGGACAGCAGGAAGAACUGGUUUGGCCCAAAUCCAUAUGUGGAAGUGUGCGUGGACGGCCAGUCCAAAAAAACAGAGAAGUGUAACAACACACACUCACCCAAAUGGAAGCAGCUGUUCACUGUGAUUGUGACUCCGUUCAGUAAGCUAAUUUUCCGUGUUUGGAGUCAUCAGACGCUGAAGUCUGAUGUUCUGAUGGGCGUGGCCACUCUUGACGUCAACGAGGUGCUCAAAUCUAACAACAUGAAAAUCUGUGAGGUGGUGCAGACGCUGCAGUUGUGCACAGACAGAGAUCAGUCUGAUAUUGUUGGUGAUCUGUCCGUGUUUUUGGACGGUCUGCAGGUUGAUCAAGAGACGUUCCUUAUUGCAGAGGCCAACAACCAAAGUACUUUAAAUGGGGAGUCUGAGCUUUAUGAAAUGUUGAGCAGGAGCAGAGAUCCAUCGCCUGCUGUGUCAGACAGUCAGGAACGAGCAUCGACCCCUAACGGCCGUGUAAAUGGUAUGGACUCCCCUUCAGGGGUAACAAGAGGGUCACGACCCCCGAGACCCGCACGACCCUCUCGACCUCCUCCGCCAACCCCUCACAGACCCACCUCUUCACCAGCUCCCUCUACUGGCUCGUUUCUUGAUGGCAGCGAUUCGUCAUGUUCUGACACUCCAGUUCGUAACCAUUCUGAGGGUGGAGCCUCUAACUGUGGUCCCGCCCCUACACAGGAGCAGCCCGGUAGGAUGGCUCUCAGCGUAGUCCCCGCCCCCAACAUGAUUCCCAGUAUGGUGAACACUGGGCCGCUGCCGCAAGGUUGGGAGCAACGUGUGGAUCACAAUGGUCGUUUCUAUUUUGUUGAUCAUGUGGAGAAGAGAACGACAUGGGAGAGACCGGAGCAGUUAGCAACAAACUGGGAGCGGCGUGUGGACCCGUUGGGUCGGGUGUACUUUGUGGACCACAUCACCAGAACGACCACGUGGCAGCGCCCCACGAUGGAGACGGUGCGGAACUACGAGCAGUGGCAGCACCAGCGCAGUCAACUGCAGGGAGCCAUGCAGCAGUUCAACCAGAGAUUCAUUUUUGGGUUGCAGGAUCAGGCUGCAGCCCCUCAGAAUAAGGAGUUUGACCCAUUGGGACCCCUGCCACAUGGAUGGGAGAAACGAACUGACUCUAAUGGCAGAGUUUACUUUGUUCAUCACCUGACCAGAACAACACAGUGGGAGGAUCCACGAACUCAAGGUUUGCUGAAUGAGAAGCCGCUGCCUGAGGGAUGGGAGAUGAGGUUUACAGUCGACGGCAUUCCUUACUUCGUAGAUCACAACUGCAGAGCCACCACUUACAUCGACCCACGGACCGGAAAAUCCUCACUUGAGAACGGCCCUCAGAUCACAUAUGUACGAGACUUCAAAGCCAAAGUUCAGUACUUCAGAUUCUGGUGUCAGCAAUUAGCGAUGCCGCAGCACAUAAAGAUCUCAGUCAGUCGCAAAACGCUGUUUGAAGAUUCAUUCCAGCAGAUCAUGAGUUUCAGCGCACAAGAUCUUCGACGGAGACUCUGGAUUAUCUUCCCUGGGGAGGAGGGGCUUGAUUAUGGAGGCGUGGCCAGGCAGUGGUUCUUUCUGUUGUCUCAUGAGGUGUUGAACCCCAUGUACUGCCUGUUUGAGUAUGCGGGAAAAGACAACUACUGCCUCCAGAUAAACCCCGCCUCCUCCAUCAACCCCGACCACCUCAAAUACUUCAAGUUCAUUGGACGCUUCAUCGCCAUGGCUUUGUUUCAUGGGAAGUUCAUCGAUACGGGCUUCUCGUUGCCGUUCUACAAGUGCAUCUUGAACAAGCCUUUGGCUCUGAAAGACCUGGAGUCCAUUGACCCGGAGUUCUACAACUCCCUCAUCUGGAUCAAGGACAAUAACAUUGAGGAGUGUGGUCUGGAGAUGUUCUUCUCCGUGGAUAAGGAGAUAUUGGGUGAGGUGUCGACUCAUGAGCUGAAGCCAGAUGGCGGGAACAUCCAGGUCACGGAGGAGAACAAGGAAGAGUACAUCAGGCUGGUAGCAGAGUGGCGUUUGUCUCGUGGUGUCGAGGAACAAACUCAAGCGUUCUUCGAGGGAUUUAAUGAAGUUCUUUCGCAGCAGUACCUGCAGUAUUUCGAUGCCAAAGAGCUUGAGGUGAUGCUGUGUGGCAUGCAGGAAAUCGAUUUGAACGACUGGCAGAGACACACAAUAUACAGACAUUACACAUGCACCAGCAAACAGAUCGUCUGGUUCUGGCAGUUCAUUAAAGAGAUGGACAACGAAAAGCGCAUGAGACUGUUGCAGUUUGUCUCUGGUACUUGCCGUCUGCCUGUCGGAGGAUUUGCAGACCUGAUGGGGAGUAACGGGCCGCAGAAGUUCUGCAUUGAGAAAGUUGGGAAAGAGAACUGGCUACCUCGCAGUCACACAUGUUUUAAUCGUCUGGAUCUGCCGCCGUACAAGAGUUACGAACAGCUGAAGGAAAAGCUCAUGUUUGCCAUUGAAGAGACGGAAGGUUUUGGGCAGGAGUGAAACAAACACACAGAGGAUAUACAGUCCAACAGGAGAUCACGAACACUCAUUUUCAUGCAAUACAGCCUCGUGUACAGACCAUGCCUCUAUGAUCCAGCACACCGGUGCAUUAUGGGAAAAUGGGGUUUCUGCACUUGCCUGUCACUUGGUGUUAAUUUCUGUAUUCCUCCUGGAAGAGGUGAGCAGGAUUUCUGGAUGGCGUUGGAGUGUGUAAGAUAUGUGACUGACUUUUCUUCGGAAGAAAUGUCGAGAACGCUCUGUGAAUGUGUUUUUAUGUUCACAACCUUGUGCCUUUUUCUCCACUGUCAUUCAAACAAAUAUAUUACAGUGUAGCUACAGUGACUAACUUAGCUGAGAUGCAUCAGUUUGUUGCAGAUUAUAUCAGAACUGACCAAAUGAUUCACUUUCAUACUUUGAGGGGAAAUCUAAAAAAACAAACCAAUACUGUUUAGAUUACGUAUGGAUCAUGUUACGUUCCAAAAAUCACAUCAAUUAACUAAAAAGUCGAUUUUAGUUUUUGCAUUGUGACAUUAUUUUCAUGACAGAUUUCCCCUCUAAAGUUUCUAUAUUUCUAUCAAAUUCUUCAAGCGAAAGUUUUAAAUAAUUUUUACAAUAAAAUCAGUGAAACCUACUUUUAGGUCCAUUAAAAUAUUUUGCAUAGGUACAUUAUAUUCAUAACAAUUAAGUGCUUUUGCCCACCCCAAAAAAGUCCUUUACACUUAUGCAAAAAAAAAAAAAAACUUUACCAAAAAUGUGAAAUUAUUUUUGCAAUAAAUUCAGUGAAACCUAUUUUUAGGUCCAUUUAAAAUGUGUAGAUUUUCAUUGUUUUCAUAACACCAAUAUAUGUUACUGUCAUGUGAAGAAGAAAAACACGUAUUAGCUUAAUGCAUAAAUGUCAAAUUAUUUUAACGUAAAAUCAGUGAAACCUAUUUUUAUGACCAUUAAAAGGUUUUGCAUUGUUACAUUAUUAUUUUCUUAACAACUAAGCACAUUUUACCCCAAAAAUAUUAUUAUAGUAAUGCUUAAAAAUGUGUCACUUAUUUGUGUAAUACAAAAAUUUGAAAUGAAUUUUACCAUCAAAUCAAUCAAACCAAUGUUUUAAGGUCCAUUAAUUUAUUUUGCAUUUUUACAUUAUUUUCAUGGCAAUUUAGUGACUUUUACCCCCAAAAUGCUCAAUAUUGUAAUGUGGAAACAUUAUAUGAUUUCAAUUGUAAUGUACAUUUGUAAUAUACAAUGUAAAUAUAAUAGUAGUUGUUGUAUUGAAUUUAAUUUUUGUUGCUUUAAAAAAAUUAUUUUUAAUAGUAUAUAGAGUUGAAGUCAGAAGUCUAAAUACACCGUAUCCAAAUACAGUUAAACUCAGUUUUUCACAAUUCCUGAUAAUCAUAGAAAACAUUCCCUAUUUUAGGUCAGUUAGGAUCACUAAAUGUCAGAAUAAUAGUAGAGAGAAUUAUUUAUUUAAGCUCAUCCUCAGUGGGUCAGAAGUUUACACACACUUUGUUAGUAUUUGGCAGCAUUGCCUUUAAAUUGUUUAACUUGGGUCAAAUGUUUUGGGUCCUUCAACGAGCUUCUAACAAUAAGUUGCUGGAAAUUUUGGCCCAUUCCUCCAGACAGAACUGAUGUAACUGAGUCAGGGUUGUAGACCUCCUUGCUCAGUUGUCUUUAAGUCAUUUUGCCACAACUUUGGAGGUGUGCUUGGGGUCAUUGUCCAUUAGGAAGAACCAUUUGAGACUGAUCUUAAACUUCAUGGCUGAUUUCUUGAGAUGUUGCUUCAAUAUAUCCACAUAAUUUUCCUUCCUCAUGAUGUCAUCUAUUAAGUGAAGUGCACCAGUCCCUCCUGCAGCAAAGCACCCCCACAACAUGAUGCUGCACCCCCAUGCUUCACAGUUGGGAUGGUUUUCUUCGGUUGGCAAGUCUCACCCUUUUUUCCUCCAAACAUAAUGAUGGUCAUUAUGACCAAACAAUUCAAUAUUUGUUACAUUAGACUAGAGGACAUUUCUCCAGAAAGUAAGAUCUUUGUUCUCAUGUGCACUUACAAACUGUAGUCUGGCUUUUUUAUGGUGGUUUUGGAGCAGUGGCUUCUUCCUUGCUGAGCAGCCUUUCAGGUGAUGUUGAUAUAGGACUCGUGUUACUGUGGAUAUAGAUACAUGUCUACCUGUUUCCUCCAGCAUCUUCAUAAGGUCCUUUACUGAUGUUCUGGGAUUGAUUUGCACUUUUCACACUUUCAGGGUAUGUCGAUAUAGGACUAGGACACGUUUAACUGUGGACACCUCCAAUUCAGUACACCUCUUAUUUGAAUCUAAUUGCCUAAAGGCUUGACAUCAUUUUCUGGAAUUUUCCAAGCUGCUUAAAGGCACAGUUAACUUAGUGUAUGUGAACUUCUGAUCCACUGGAAUUGUGAUAUAGUCAAUUAAAAGUGAAACAAUCUGUCUGUAAACAACCGUUGGAAACAUUACUCGUGUCAUGCACAAAGUAGAUGUUCUUAACGACUUGCCAAAACUAUAGUUAGCUAAUAUGAAAGCAGUGGAGUGGUUAAAAAAUGAGUUUUAAUGACUUCAACCUCAGUGUAUGUAAACGUUUGACUUCAACUGUAAAUGCUUUAAUGUCACAAUGCAAAAAUAAAAUCUUUAUAGUUCUAAAAAAUAGGCUUAAUUGUCUUAACACACAGCAAUUCUUGUUGAGAUUCACCCUUGAAGUGUUAAACAGAUUGCUAUCCAAUUUUAAAAUGGUAAAACAAUUAUAAAUAUUCCCGUGAUGCCUGGAAACUCAAGGAUUUCCUGUAGAGUAUUCCAGGAGUUUUAAUACCUCCAUCUCUGAUUGUGGCUGAUUUCAGUCGUCUGUAAGCACAAGCUCAGAGUACUGAAUUAUUUCACUGAAAUCAUUAUGCAAUUUAUUAUUUUGGACUAAAUUUCCACGGGGUUUGAGUGCAGCAUUUAUGUAAGAACAUCAAGAGUAUCAAACGCUCUAGUUCUAUAGGACGUCUGAAUUUUACAGGUACAUUUUUACAUAUUCUGGAGAUCUCUUCGGCUGUUCAGAGAGCAGUUGUCCAUGCUUCUGGGAUCAUUUAAAGUGAUUUUAGUCUAAACCGGCGCUGUUGAGCACAAAAGCCUGUCAUGAUUUACCACAGUACUGUAGUUCAGUGCAGCACAUUAUGAGUGAUAAUCACUGCAAUAAAUAAAUAAAUAAAGGCAGUAUUUGUUGUCUUGACUUUCAGUAAAAAUAUUGAAACAUCCAGAAGCAAAAUGGCAUAAGAUGUCUAUGCAUAAAUCUAAAACGAAUUGGAUUUAUGCAUAAACUAAGAAAUAAACCCAUUAUUUAUUAUAUUCUCGGAAAACAUGUCAAUUGACUUUGUUUCAGGAUAUGUUGAUAUUUUUACUGGAAACAAGAAAAUUAUUUAGCGGUGAAGGCUUAUGAAUAAUCACUUGGAUGCAUCUGAUAAGGAUCGAUAUCUGUUUGAUUUUCAGCAUAGAAAGCAACGUUGAAUAUUUAUUGGAAAACAGUUACUGAUCCAUAACCAGAUUUUAACAAAUGAAAUCCUUGGGAUGAUUGUUGUUAACUGUGAUAUGACUUAUUUUUAUGAUUUCUUCUCUUCUUCCAACUGCUCCGUGUAAAUCAAACCACUUUCACUCUGUAUAUGAGCCGAAUACUGUACAUGGUGUGAAUACUCGUUCUCCUAAAAAAUACAUACAAUGAAAAAAUAAAAGUAAAUAAAACGAUUUUAGUAAUAAAGUAGAAGUGACUGCCUUCAGAGUCACCUCAGAGAUUUAUUUACUAGAUAAAUGUGAAGAAAAAACAAAUACUGAAUAAAUAAUUCAAUGGGAAA